AUGAUGUUACGUAUGCGCUGUCGCUCCAGGACAAUCUGUCUCUCCUUGGCCUUCUUCAGCAUUUUCUUCCACGUCCUCCUGGUGCUUGUUUCUCUUCCCAUUUACCAGCAGCCCUGUGACCCCCUGCUACACCCCAGGACCAACAUCCUGAGAGAGCUGGCCCACAGCGAGCAGUCCUCUGUGGGGAGCGAGGGUCCAGCUGAGACCUCCACUGAGAGACAGGCUUCCAGUAAGGAUGCCAGUAAGGAUGCCAGUACGGAUGCCAGUAGGGAUGCCAAAGCUGGACGUUUGGAGUCUGAUCAGAAGAAGCUGGAGGCGCUGUUCGACCAUCCUCUCUACAACAUGCCCAGCCCCUCCGUCCCUGAGGAGGACCGGCUGCUGAAAUUCAAACCAAAAGUCCAAUCCAGUGAGAAGAGCUCCCAGAUGUGGCUGAGUGCGAGUGAGGAGGAUCACGAGGACGUCCGGUGGAACAGCAGCAGUGACUCUCACCCCCCCUGGCUGCGUUUCCACCUUGGUAUCUCCCGCUGGCAGCUGUACGCUCACCGUGACCAAAACAUGGCGGCGCUGACUCAGCAGAUCGCCACGCAGCGCGUCGUCAGUGCAGUGCAGAAGUCCGGGGGGACGCAGCUGAAGCUGGUGAUGACAUUUACCAACUACGGACAGGCCCUGCUGAAACCAAUGAAGCAGGAGAGAGAGGAAGAAACAAACUAUAACCUGUACUACUUCUCAGACUUUGAGAGACACAACGCAGAGAUCGCAGCGUUUCACCUGGACAGGGUGCUGGGCUACAGGAGGGUUCCCCCCGUGGUGGGGAGGCUGGUGGAUGUUGUGGAGGAAAUCAAGGACGUCACUACAGACCACAAGCUGGCCCGGACCUUCUUCACCUCCCCCGUGGGCAGUGUGUGUUUCUACGGUCAGUGUUCGUAUUACUGCUCCACGGAGCACGCAGUGUGCGGUCGACCCCGACAGAUGGAGGCCUCUCUGGCCGUCCUGCUGCCCGACCUCUCCCUGGCCCCCCGCCGGACCUGGAGAUCCCCCUGGAGACGCUCCUACAGCCGCAGCAAGCUGGCCAAGUGGCAGACAGAUCCAGACUACUGCUCCUCGGUGACAAAGACCCCCCCGUACAACCAAGGCACCAGGCUGCUGGACUUCAUGGAUAUGGUCAUACUGGACUUCCUGAUGAGUAACAUGGACAGACACCAUUAUGAAACCUUUGAGAAGUUUGGCAACAACACUUUCCUGAUUCAUCUCGACAACGGCCGGGCAUUCGGCCGUCACUCCAAAGAUGAGCCGUCUAUCCUCGCUCCUCUAGAGCAGUGCUGCAGGAUCCGGCGCUCCACGUGGCUCCGCCUCCUUCUCCUCUCUCUUCCUCGGUAUCGUCUCAGCGACGUGAUGAGGGCCUCGCUCUCCCAUGAUCCUCUGCACCGGGCAGCUCCCCUCCUCACGCAGCCCCACCUGGCUGCUGUGGACCGCAGGCUGCAGGCGGUGCUGCAGACUGUGAGCCGCUGCCAGGAGAGGAAGAGGAGGGAGGAGGGUGAAGAAGAUCAGGUCAUAUAUGAUGACAUUGCUCACCUGAAGCGGGAGGAGUCUCCUGCAGGUUAGGACCGAGUCUGCUUGAGAGUAUUUGAACAUUAGCUAAAUCCACAUUAAGGAAACUAUUUCUUUGAAUUCAAACCAAUGAAACAGUGUCACAGCAAAAGGAGACACACAUUUUAAGCAAUAAAUCCAUGUUUUCAAACUUAUAAAGAGUUCUGUUUUAUAGGAAGCAACGAUGGAAACAUCUUUAAUAAACUGUGAAGACACUUUUAUUUCCCAGGAAGCAUUAUGAGUAGAAUCAAUCCUUGGAAACAUAAACGGGACAUUUUGUCGU